AAUCCACAAUGGCAAAUAUACCCUCCCACAUAUCCAGGCUUCAGCUUGGCAUACACUACUAAAGCUAAUCCACAAUCACAAUUGUCUACUACUUCAACUUUUACUUCUGAUAAUUUGAUUCAGAUUAUUGAUGAAAUUUUUAAAAGAAUGAAUGACCUUAUAGAUAAGAUGAAUUAG